AUGUCUGUUACUACAGUUUCUGGAUUCAAUAGCAAGAGUCAUGAUGCAAGAAUAACUGGGUUGAAAGGCACCAAUUCCGCAAGAUGCAGAAGCAUCACAAAGAAUAUGAUCGCAAAAGACACUUUAGGUAACACUUUUGAAGUUCCUGAUUUUACCAUAAAAGAUAUUUUAUCUGCGAUCCCCAAAAAGUGCUAUGUGCGCUGUUGGUACAGAGGAAUGUUGUACAUAUUUCGAGACUUCUGCUGUUGCUUUUUGUUCGGAAUAGUGGCCAGAAAUAUAAUUCCGCUUAUUCCUAUAAAAUUUAUAAGAGGGUUGGCGUGGGUUUUUUACUCGUUUUGUGUCUCGCUUCCAUACACGGGUUUUUGGGUAAUGGCUCAUGAAUGUGGUCAUCAAGCAUUUUCUCCUUAUGGUUGGCUUAAUGACACGACAGGUUGGAUUCUUCAUUCGUAUCUUCUUGUUCCAUACUUCUCCUGGAAAUACUCUCAUGGAAAGCAUCAUAAGGCCACAGGUCAUAUGAGCAGGGAUACCGUUUUUGUUCCAGCCACAAAGAAAGAGUUCUUGCAAAGAAGAAAAGUCCUUCAUUUAUCCGACAUAGCAGUUGAUACCCCUCUAUACACUUUAUACGUUAUUCUUGUUCAGCAACUUGGUGGGUGGAUCUGGUACUUGUUAACCAAUGUCACUGGACAGAAAUAUCCUAAUUAUUCAAGAUUUAGUGUUUCCCAUUUCAACCCUAAUGCUCCAAUUUUUGAGAAAAAAGAUUAUUGGUACAUUGUUCUAUCAGAUAUAGGUGUCCUUACCCAGCUUUUUGUGCUUUAUAACUGGAUCAUCUAUUUUGGCAGCUUCAGUGUAUUGGUAAACUGGUUUCUUCCAUAUUUAUUUACUAAUCAUUGGUUGGUUUUUAUAACCUAUUUGCAGCACACUGAUUUUUCUAUGCCACAUUAUCUGGAUAAUGAGUGGACUUUCUCUAGGGGUGCAGCUGCCACUAUCGAUAGAAACUUCGGAUUUAUUGGUCCUUUUUUUUUCCAUGAUAUAAUUGAGACACAUGUUCUACAUCAUUAUUGUUCUAGAAUUCCAUUUUACAAUGCGAGAAUUGGCACGGCUGCUAUCAAAAAGAUUAUGGGAAAUUAUUACCAGCAUUCGAAUGAAAAUAUGUGGAAGUCGUUGUGGAAAGUAUCCAGAUACUGCGAAUUUGUAGAAGGAAAAAAUGGUGUUAUGAUGUUUCGCAACCAUAAUGGAGUUGGAUUGAAACCUGAAAACUGA